AUGUUCCGAACCGGUCUCCGCGCUACUGCGCGCAUCACCCCCGCCGUCCGCCCCGCCGCGGCUCGUGCGCCCCUCGCUGCCGUGCCCCGCUUCUCGCGCGGAUAUGCCCAGAACGAGUCCUCGGAGGCGAGCUCGCAAGCCAAGGACCGCGCUGCUGUCGGACCGUUUACGUGGAAGGCUGCUGGCCUGUUCAUCGUAACCGGUGCCGCGCUCUAUUACUACUUCACGGAGGAGAAGAAGAAGGUGCUUGAGCGCAGGCGCCAGGAGCUUGAGACCAAGUCCGUCGGCCGGCCGCAGAUCGGCGGUCCCUUCAACCUGGUUGACCAGAACGGCAAGCCCUUCACCGACGCCGACCUCAAGGGCAAGUUCACGCUGAUCUACUUCGGCUUCACGCACUGCCCCGACAUCUGCCCCGAGGAGCUGGACAAGAUGUCCGACGUCGUCGACACGAUCGACAAGGAGCACCCGGGCAAGGACAUUGUCACCCCCGUCUUCGUUUCGGUCGACCCCGCCCGCGACUCGGUGCCCCAGGUCAAGGCCUAUGUCCAGGAGUUCCACCCGCGCAUCAUCGGCCUCACCGGCGACUACGACAACGUCAAGAAGGCGUGCAAGUCGUACCGUGUCUACUUCUCGACGCCGCCUGAUGCCAAGGCUACCGACGACUACCUCGUCGACCACUCAGCCAACAAGACGCCACCCUACCGCCCGCCAAGCUUCGUCGCCGGUUUCGUAGCUAACAGCAGUAUCUUCUUCUACCUCAUGGACCCGCUCGGCCAGUUCGUCGACGCCUUCGGCAAGAGCACGACCCCCGAGGAGGUCACCGAGAAGGUCCGCGACGCUAUCGGAAAGUGGGAGGCCGCGGGCGGCAACAAGGCUGCUGGCCUCGAGUAA